AUGGAGGGAAUGAACGGGAAUCACAUCAUGGCGGAGGACAACAUCAUCAAUCGGCGAGGCGGAGAGUCGCUGUUCCAGAACUGCAGCAACCUAAAGAAGCGGCUGGCUGAGGUCCCUGGUUUCGAGCCUCACUUGGCCGAAAUGCAAGAGUUGGAUAAAGCUAGCGAUGAGAACGACCCUGUCGCCUCGGUGUGGAAGUGUCUACGGCAAGGGUAUCCAUUGAUGACGAUAUACAAUGCCACCCACCCGUCAGAACCCCUCUCAAUCGAUGAGAACAAGCUACAGGAGCGGAACAGACCGAAGGCUGCGACUUUCAAGUUCCUUCAGGCCUGUCUGCAGGUACUCAAAUUCCCACAGCAGGAAUGCUUCCUCAUCACAGAUCUUUACGGUGACAGCACCACUGGUUUCGUAAAGGUCAUAAAAAUGGUCAACAGAGUAAUAGACAUACUCGAGCUUCAAGGCCAACUGUACAAUAAAGUCUCGCCAUCGACAUCUUUGCCUUCCGAAGGAGGAAAGACGAAACUCACCCGGAGAGAACACAUCCUAAAAGAAAUGCUCGAAACCGAACGAGACUACGUCCACCAUCUUCAAAACCUCCAAGCGCUCAAGAAAGAGCUCGAAGAAACCGGCGCUUUGACCGGUGAUGUCAGCCAUCAGAUCUUCCUCAACCUCAACAACCUACUCGACUUUACUCAACGGUUCCUCAUCCGGAUGGAACAGCAUAAUGCACUUCCAGAAGAAACCCAAAACUGGGGCGACCUCUACCUGAGUCAUCACAAUGGCUUCCUUCAGUAUGAGCCUUUUAUCGCCAAUCAACCCCGCUGUGAUCAGAUCUGCCAGAGGGAAUGGGAUAAGAUUCAUUCCGCACCCCGAUCCCCGGAUCUUCAACAGAUGGUCGCCCAGUUAUCAACGCUCAAUGGAUUCUUCGUAAAGCCGUUCCAGCGCCUUACUAAGUAUCCUCUGAUGCUCAUGGAACUUCGAAAACAAACAGAAAACCCAGGCCUUGUUUCUGACAUUGGCGAGGCCAUUAACAUGAUCCAAUUAAUUCUAGAUAACGCUAACCGCGCGAUCUAUAAAGAGCACCUGGUCUCCGCAGUCGAAGACCUUUCACAACGAGUAGAGGAUUGGAAAGCUCUUAAGCUUGACCAAUUCGGCGACUUAUUGCGAUACGGAACGUUUACCAUCCUGAAAGGCGAUAGUGGCAAAGACGCAGAAAGAGAGUAUCACAUAUAUCUGUUCGAGCAGAUCCUUCUCUGCUGCAAAGAUAUCUACCCAGCCAAGCAGAAGAGCAAGCUCAUGGGGAAAGAGAAAGUCGUCCCAAACCCCAAAGUGAAACCAAAGCUACAGCUCAAGGGCAGAAUUUAUAUGACGAAUGUUACCGAAAUAUUAUCACUUUCAAAACCAGGUUUGUUACUAUCCUUUGUGGCAUGGAAUUCUAAUCAUGGUUCUAACAAACUUGAUUAG